UCUGAGGUGAGUCUCCAAGGGCCCCACUUUUUGGUGUUUAGAAAGAACCCCUGGCAUUUUGUCAGCUUUGACAGGCUGCAAUGAAUCGUUCUUAGUACAGGGAUCUCGUGGCUUGAAAGUUUUUCCUAUCUCUGGCUGCCGCUGAUUUUGCUGCUAUUCUGUUUCAAUUUUUUCCUGGAAGAGAUCAAGCGAGAUCAAUGGAGGAGAGUGCAAAGAGACGGCGCGUGUGUGAAAAUGAUGGAACAUCACGAGGCGCUUCUUCCACUCACGCUUCAACAGAAGGUCAAGAAGUGGCUGCUUCAUUAGGACAUGACUAUGAAGUAUUCUUGAGCUUCAGAGGACCAGAUACUCGAGCAGGUUUUGCCGACUUCCUUUAUACUAGUAUGAUAGAUAUGGGAAUCCGUGCAUACAAGGAUGAUGAAGAUCUCCGAACGGGAGAAGAGUUUGGCCCAGCACUUCUCCAAGCAAUUGAGCAAUCGAGGAUCUCAAUACCUAUCUUUUCUAAAGGUUAUGCCUCUAGUGUAUGGUGUCUCAAGGAGCUAGUCAAAAUGGUCGAGUGUCGGAAAACAAAGGGACAAAAGAUUAUGCCCAUUUUCUAUGAUGUGGCACCUGCAGAGGUACGAUACCAAACUGGGGGUUAUAAAGAGGCCUUUGAUCUACAUAAAAACAAAAACCGACAUGAUGAAGGGACUAUGCGCAAGUGGAAGGCUGCUCUCGAAGAAGUAUCAUUUCUAAACGGAAGGGAAUUGUCCAACAUGCACAACAGGAAAGAAGGUGAGUUCGCAAGAAAAGUUUCCCACGAGGUUUUGAGGGAGUUGAAAAAGCGUUACUUGGCCAUUUCAAAGCACUUGGUCAGUGCUGACAACCACGUAGAUGCAAUUAUGGAAAUGAUAGGUGCUGGGACAAGUGAAAUGCGGAUUAUAGGAAUCCACGGGAUGGGUGGCAUCGGAAAGACGACAAUUGCCAAACUUAUCUACAAUAAGCUUUCACAUGACUUUGAGCAUUGUUGCUUUCUUCGUGAUGUUCGAGAAACAUCAAAAAGUAAAAACAUUCAAUGGUUGCAGAAUCAGCUUGUCUCUGACAUUCUCAAAACAAAAUGCAUAGAUAUAGAAGACAUUGAUGAAGGAACUCAGAUAAUUGAAGAGGUUGUCUAAUAAAAGAGUUCUACUUCUUCUUGAUGAUG